AUGUGGGAUUCAUCGUUCUCACAUCACGCGGUCGCGUUUGGACGCUUCGGCACCUGCACCACGCCGCCAGAGCUCAAGUGCUUUGGGUGCGGCUGGGCGCUGCCGGGCGGUGAGAUGGGCAAGACCGACGGCGCCUGGGAGCGACACCGAGCGGCGGUCGGGCCGCGGCCCGCCAGCCAGCCCCUGGCCCAGUACGCCAGGCAGCGCGACACCCUGGCCCUCCAGCAACUGCUCCUGACGCUGGGCAAGCAGUUGCAGGCCGCCGAAAAGGCACAGGACAUGGCGUCGCUCGAGAAGGUCAAGAAGAAGGUCCAGUUCGUGGUGGCGAUCAACAAGGAGCACAUCGAGGCCGUGCCGGAACUGAAGCAGGGCUUCGCUGUGCUGGCCAAGCACCUCGUCGGGUCCGCCUACCCGCGCUCCUACUCCUCCCCCUCCGUCUCCGCCGCGACAUCGUCGACAUCGACGUCGCCUUCGCCCUCCUCUUCGUCCAUGCUGAGCGCCGCCACACAGACCUAUCUCGCCACCGCCGACUACAACUACUCACCCUCCAACUCUGCUUCCUCGUCUUCGUCUUCUUCAUCAUCGUCGUCGUCGUCAUCUUCUUCUUCUUCUUUGCGAUCAUCGCCCUCUGUCUCCCCGCCCUCUUCCAAUCCGUCGUCGUGGUCCACUUCGUCCAUCCCCGUCACGUCCUCCGAUUUCUACCCCGCCACCGACAGCAGCGGCUCCCAUUCCACUCAGCAGUGGGACAAUGACGACUCGCUGAAGAAGCAGUUGAUGGAGUAUUCGUGCGACAUCGCCGCAGUCGAAACCGAGACCGAGACUGAGACUGAGACCGAGCUCGAAAGCGAUGCCGACACCUGCACCGACAGCGGAAGCGGAAGCGAUGAUUCCUUCGCGGCGGAGAGUGGCGACGGCGACGACUCGCUGCGUCGCGGGCGGCCGCGGUACAAGGAGAUCGACUACCACGAACUCGCCUUCCUCGAAAAGAUCGGCUCCGGCGCGUUCGGCACCGUCUGGCGGGUGGCCAUCAAGAUCCUGCACGACAGCGACGUCUUCAACCGGCAGGUGCUCCACGAGUUCCGACGCGAGGCCGAAACCAUGCACGUCGUCGGAAACCACCCGUGCGUGGUCAAGUUCAUCGGCGUGUGCACGAAGCAGGGCCACUUCUGCAUCGUGUCCGAGUUCUGCACGAAGGGCAGCCUCGAACGACUCGUCCGCGGGAACAACCGCGCCUCCAUUCCCCUCCGCACCAUCGUGCAAAUGGCCCGCGAUGCCGCCGCCGGCAUUCUCCAUCUACACUGCGAGUCGGUCAUCCAUAGGGACAUUGCGGCGCGCAACAUCAUGAUCGGGGACAACUACUCGGCGCACGUGGGCGACUUUGGGUUUGCGCGCGUGAAGGACAAGAACGCAUCCUCCGCCUUCACUUCCACCAUCGGACCCGCCAAGUACAUGGCGCCCGAGGCCAUCAAAGAGAAGAAGUACUCGGAAAAGUCGGACGCCUUCAGCUUCGGUGUGCUGCUUUGGGAGAUGGUGACGGGCAAGGAGCCGUGGGAAGACCAGAAGUCGUUGGUGGAGAUCGCCAUCGGCGUGUCCUCUCGAGGCUGGCGGCUGCCCAUCCCCGACAACUGCCCCCCACAACUUGCCGAUCUGAUGCAUCGGUGCUGGGCGACGGAUCCCAAGGAGCGGCCGGACUUCCGCGCCAUCCACCGAACGCUCAGCAACUUCCUCCUCGCCCUGCCCGCGCCCUCGUCACCUUCAUCACCAUCGUCAUCUCCAUGA